CGUAAUCUUGUUUAGCACUUUCGCAACCACAGCAGGUCCGUUUUGCGGUCGAAAAUAAAGCUGAUGAGUGCCACCAGCUGCAAUUUUGAUUUUGCGUGCAAGCUCCGAUUUUUCCUCCUCGAGCUCUUGUUCACUUCAUUUCACUUCACACGCUAGAGAUGCGCGUGCUUUCCCCCGUCCUCUUUCCACAUUAACCGCGGCAUUAACGUCAUCAGCCGAAACAAACGCAGAGGGGCGGAACGGAACCGGAGAGAGAAACAAGGCACCUGGCGGUGGUGGCCUGGUGGGCGAGGCCAGAGGAGCGCGGCGCGGGGCGGAGGCAAAGGCAAGGCAAGGCAACCCACCAAGCAGGCGGAGCCGCGAGCGACCGUGGCAGAGUUCAGGUCCAGUCUCCAGUCCAGUACACUCCCACUCCACACCAUCACCACCGCCGCCGCCGCCGCGACGAAGGGGCGAGCAGAGAGGGAGAGUACGAGGGCCGAGGGCAGGGAGACGAGGCCGAGAGAUCCCCCCAGGACCCGGCGGCGAGAUGGGCAUUCGCAGAGCUCGCCGGUUCCUCUUCCUGGCGGUCUUCGUCCUGCUGCUCCACGCGCCGCCGCCCGCGUCGUGCGCCGACAUCUACGCGCUCAUCUACAAGGGCUGCGCCAACCAGAGCUUCCCGGGCGGGGUGGCGCCCGCGAGCAUCGCGGCCCUCUCCUCCACGCUCUCGACGCAGUCCGCCUCCGCCAAGUUCUACAAGACCUCCUCGUCCUCGGCCUCGACGGCUUCCUCCACCUCCGUCUUCGGCCUCUUCCAGUGCCGCGGGGACCUCUCGGCCUCCGACUGCGCCGCCUGCGUGUCCCGCGCCGUGUCCUCCUGGCAGGGCGUCUGCGGCGCCUCCGUCGCCGCGCGGGUCCAGCUCGCCGGCUGCCUCGCGCUCUACGAGGUGUCCGGGUUCCCCCAGGUCUCCGGCAUCCAGAUGCUCUUCAAGACCUGCGGCACGGGCGGCGGCGGCGGCGGGGGUGAUUUCGAGAUGCGCAGGGACACCGCCUUCUCUGCGCUCGAGAGCGGCGUCGCCACCAGCUCCGGCGGCUUCGUCGCCACCAGCUACCAGGCCGUCUACGCCAUGGCGCAGUGCGAGGGCGACCUCUCCACGGGGGACUGCAGCCAGUGCGUCAACCAGGCCGUGCAGCACGUCGAGGUCGAGUGCGGCGGCGCGCCCUCAGGACAGGUCUACCUCGACAAGUGCUACAUUAGCUACAGCUACUACCCGCACGGCGUGCCCCACGGCGGCGGCGCGGGAGGGCAGCAGACAGCAAAGACUGUAGCCAUUGUGCUCGGGGGAGCUGUAGGCCUGGGUUUCGUGGUCAUCUGCUUGCUUUUCGCUAGGAGCCUGGUCAAGAAGAAGGAUGAAUACUGAUGGAAGAGCACGGGAGGAGAAUCUGGACAAAGGCAUUGGGAGGGGCAUGGUAUGGCAUUUUGAUGGUAGGGUUGUGUAUGUUUGUUUCUUCAAGGUGGUGACUGGCGAGUGGAAUACAGAGGGGGUGUUUUUUGGCUCUUCUUCCUCUGGCCAUGUGAGGGUGCCACCCCUCCAUGAUGACAGAGAGGGGAAAAAGAGGUGGGAAGCUGUUCAGGAAAGAAGCUGUCCACUUCUGGGGGGCUAUUUUGAUUCUGAAUUAAAAUUGGUAGAUGAGCUCGGGGGUGUCAUCUUCUUAGCCUCUCCUGCUUUAGGGUUCUAGGAGUACAUUGAUUCUCUUGUAUUUUUUUUCCGCCAAAUGAAAAUACUUGUUAGGUCUAGGCUGAACGCACUUAGUCUCUUGUUUAAGGUUGCAGGAGCAGGUUUAGAGUCAAUUUGGUUGGUUUGUUAUGGAAAAUUAUUUUCCAUAUGCACUAGAACCAGAUUUAACUCUAGGGUUUGGUAGUAGUUGGUGCUACCACCAUUGGUUAAUUGGUCGCUAGCGCUGCUGUAUGGACAUUGCUGACCUGAUAACCACACAGCUGUGCUGCUGUGCAGCUGUUUUCUUCUUUUGACUUGUGGCUAUUCGUCGUAUGUUCCUGAAUGCUUGCCUGAAAA